AUGAACGGAUGCCAUCCAAAUGCAUCUUGCACUAAUACCCAGGGCUCAUACAACUGUUCUUGCAAUCCUACGUAUAUUGGGAAUGGUUUUAAAUGUAAAGGUUAGUUUGGUUUUUCAUGAAGGCGAUGAAAUCUAUAUUUUGUUUCCCACGUUAAACGUAGCAGUAAAUUGGCUUAGAGCUGACUUCCAUUCGAAAUUCACAUCCAGGAGGCAUAAUUUUACGCUCCCUUGUGUACAAAAACGAAACAACUUUUGAUUAUACAUGACUAUAAAUAUAUGAAAAUCAUGCAUGUGCACUGCGGUUGAAGAAACGAAUAUACAGGCAAUCCUCGCAGUUAUGAAUACCACUGAACUAGUAGUGAAAAUAAGGCCUGAAAAAAAAUUCAGGUCCGUACGGGAUUUCAACCCAUGACCUUUACGAUACCGGUGCAACGCUCUACCAACUGAGCUAACAGGCUAACUGGGAGCUGCUAGUUACAAAUAACCAUCUAAUUGGUGAAUACAUUAAUGUAAACAUAUGAAAAUCAUAUAUGUGCACUGCUACUGCCAGUGUAGUAGUGUUCAAAACUGCGAGGAUCGCUUCAAUGUUUGUAAAUUUUGAUUAUGUUUUUAAAACCUUACACGAACUUUUACAUGAUGCAGACAUAACACACUACGCGGAACUAAAAAACUGUUGAGAAACUCUAACCUUAAAAGAUUCCCCCAUAAUAACAGGUAUGAUCAAUCAAAUUCGUUUGACUUUUGCAAGCCAAUUUGCGCUAUGGUUAUAAAUAAUUGGAUGAUGCUAACAGGCAGAGAGUUCUUAUACAGUCAUGGGAAAUAACUGUGUUGUUACCAAAUACCUGUGGGCUGGUAUCGUUGUGUGGGAAGUGAGGGUCAAAAAUGUCUUAAGCGCAUUUGGUAGCAUUCAGUUGAGGUACAAACAACUACAGGCUUUGAUGGGCGAUUAAAGCAAGAGGAAAAAUAACUCUUUACAAUACUAUCAUUUCAUUUUAGUUCUUUAGUGCAUAAUUAUUGUCCAACGCAAAAUUCCCUUAAAAUUAAUUUAAUGCAUAGUUGUUCUUGUAACACGCAAGUCCUAUCUGGUUGUUAUCGAACUGAUUGACUUGAAAAAUGUCAACAAGAAAAAAAAAAGUUAUCAUUGGUACUGCAACAUUUUAUAAUUUUUAUUUAUUUUAAUAUCCGACCCAUGUUAUUAUCAUCAAAACCUGAGUGAUGCCGAUAGAAAGAACAAUUACGCUACACCGGGAUUUGACAUGUACUACUUAGCCCCUUAACUAAUGUAAAGUCACUUUUCUUCUUAAGUACAAGUUUCAUCACUGAUUGACAAGCUGCUAGAAUUAUAAGACGUUAGAAAAGAUCUUGAACCAUUUAUUUUAAUACCUACAGUCCUUUGGCAAAUUUCAUUUCACUUCGCAGCCGAUCCUUGCUUUCAUUAUAAAAACCUAAGUGAUGCCAAAAGAAAGAUAACUUACGUAACACCUGACGGUUCAGGGUUGUGUGACAAACAACUCCCUGAGGAAUGGUAUCGUUUUGUGGGAGCUGCAGGAACAAAAAUGCCCACAACACGUGUGCCAGCAUACAGAUGUGGUACAGACUGGCCAGGUUGGUUGGAUGGUGCUCAUCCUACAGUGGAAGAUGGUGAAGUUUUCAGGAAGGUCUGCUUUAGUGAUCGCUUUACUGGUUGCCGAUACACAGAAGAUAUUUUUGUAAAAAACUGUGGAUCCUACUUUAUCUACAAACUUUUAAAGCCACGAAGUUGUCACUCACGCUACUGUAGUGCAGACUGAAUGUGAAGCAAAUAUACUUCGCGUAGUAAGAGAACACACAAAUCGCUCCGUAGAUACAUGUAUAUAAAGUUUUGACAUGUAAGGUAUUCAACCUUUCUUCUCUAUCGUAAACAUUAUCAUCAGAUUUUAACUUUGGUGGCAAACAGGUACUUAUCUCAUUAGAGUGAUAAUUUUCAUCAGAUAGCCUCUGUCAUCAAAGAGAGUUUCCCCAAGUAUCUUUAAGUAAUUUUCCAGUAAAAUCUGCAAGACACAAACUCUCAAGCUUAAGGUUUUCGAGCCUUUUAUUUUAUUUUAUUUUAUUUUUUUUCAUCCUUCAAUUGCUGUAAUUAUAAACCAUGAUUAUUUUAGCGUGUGUCCGUGGAAUACAAACAGGCGCUAUCUUACGUUAUAGGCAUAGAAAAAAAAAGCGAUGACAGUCAAAAUCUGAUGUAGUUUGAAAUUACAUAAAGUUAACGUAUUAAUAGUGACUCAGUAUUUUGAAACAUUGAACCAAUUUCCAGAAACACAGUAAGCAAAAUUCAAUGGUUUAGCCUGCGUAACCGUGUGUUAAAUGUGUCCGAAUCGACCAGAAUUCAUUUGAAAUUAAUGGAUCGCUUACAUCUCACGCUUAUUUUGAAUUUCUUGACAACGUAUCAAAAUAGACUCUUCAAAGCAAAGUGAUAUGAGCUGGGUCAAUUGUGGCUCAGCUUCUUGAGUGGUGUAAAUAGAUUAUCUCAUUAUUUAACAAAAACUGUGUAUCUCUGUAAAUAAAUUUAACUUACACGGACUAUUUUUAGCUGAGUUUCAUAACACGAACACGAGUAAGCGUUAAGGGCAGUGUAGUCCAUGGGUCGGAGUAGGUUCUCGAUACCACUCAUCUAAUAGCGAUCGCGAAAGAGUAGCUUCCACCGUUUUUUACUGAAGUUAAUGUCAAUAACCAGGGAAAAAUAACAACAACAACAAAGAAAUGUUGCAGUGAAGUAAAAACAGAGCCAUAAAUAAAAACUGGGUUUAACUUUACAUCGCAACGAUUCAGUAACAAAUGGAGAAAGUUAUUGAAAAAGAUUUUUAACGAAAGGAACAGAAAAAGGAAAAUAAGGUAAUUUUUAACUUAAUAUUGAACAUUUUUCUUGAUUAAUUGCAAGUAGUUUUCACAAGUAAUGUUUGAAUUAUGAAGUUAAUAGUAAUAAAUAAAAAAAAUUGCAAAAAGGCAUCUCUUGUAGUUCAUGCCUUUGUUAGUGCUAAGGGGAUGUACAUAAAUUUGAUACCCGUAUGGGACAAGGGACAAAGGGGAGGGGGAAGGUUCUUUAUAAAAGAUCAAUGGGAGAAGUCAUUGUUACCCUUAGGACCUGAUAGUAAUAAUGGAUACCUUUUGCAUUGAUGUACAAAAAUUGCUCUGAAAAAUUUCAUAUUCACAUUCCGCUGGUAAAUGAAGUUAUCGAUAAAAUGUGUAAACACACUGGGCGGUUAACUUCGCUCGGUUAAUAUAUUUUUUUCCAUAAAUGAAUCAGUCGGAACUGUUGCAGAAUAAAGUCUGGUAAUAAAACCAGGUGCUGUAGUAUUGCCCAUCGUCUCCCGUUGCCGGAUUCCAUCAUUUAUCCUGUCGAUGUCAUCUGUCCGGCAGAAGGAAGUGAAUAACGUUUUCGUACACCACGAAUGUAAGUGCACAUGCUGGCGUUACUCUAAAAAGAAACAAAAUCAACAACAAUCAAACGCACAAUACACAGUAAAAUCGACAAUGAACGUUUUACAUAUAUUACAGUUUCAGGGUUUCUUCUAAAGCGCUCCUUUGCUGGAUUUCCAAAAACGAAAAAACCGCGAAAACUUACACUAACAUAUCAGGUGGGGCACAAACAUUUGUGAUAACGAUAAGUAUCUUAAUAAUUUCACAGUAUUCGAACAUGUAACUGACGAAAACAGUGACAUGACACCUACUCCAAAUUUUAUAGCCUCUUAAUGUAUCUAUCGCCUGUCUCUUCUUCCCAGUUUCUCACAGACUAGAGGGUGCAAAUAAGUUCAAACACCUCAUGGGGGUACCCCAUCUCUUAAGACCCUUUCCUUUACAAAGCGCUACCUAAAAUUAAAGAUGAGAGCCCACUAAGCCCUCUUGGCCAAUUCUAGAUUAUACAUUGCGGUUUAACACAUAAAACUAACAAGCAAACCUACUUGUAUCAUCAAAUUUAUUUUUAACAUUUAGCCUUACCUGAGGACACUGGGAAUUAAUCCUUUAUAAAAUCCUGUUACUCCUUCAUGCCUAAGAUUUGGAAAAGAACCUGCCAUGAGGAGAGGCCAGAAAAAGUAGAAUACCUUCUUUCAUAAAAAAUGGACUUUACCACUAAGCCGUAAGUCAGUCCGAAAUUGGAUCCAGUUCUCAAACAAGCUGGUUUCAGUUCUCCGCCAAUUUUGGUCCAGUUCUUUGUCAAAUUGUUUCAAACGGGCAAAACAUGUACCUCUCUUUAAUGUAGAGAGUUUGAACUGACUAGAGAUGGAAAGCUAGUCUAUAACGUAUCGAAAACUUUAAGUCCUCAUGUCAAGUUCCAACUUACCUGAAAGUCUUACUAAUCACAUCCAACGCGCCUUUGUAUUCCACCAUCGUGUACUGAUUCUUUAGAAAAGUAAAAUUCAUGAACAAUAAAUGACAGCAGGAAACAGUAAAUACUGAACGAUUUAACAAAUCAGACUUGCUUAGAGACAGCUCCAGAUAUAUUCAAUUGGUUUUAGCUAAUUUUAUGGGCACAGGAUCAAAACUUUCGCGCCGUGCAUUCUCAUAACCAUCUUGGAUCCGUGUUUCUUAAGAGGAAUAGAGAGAGUGAAAGAGGGUGAAAGCUAUUCUCCCUCGUGAGAUUUGGUAUUUAUCCUCAUUGUAGGGUUUCCCUGGCCUUUUGUUGGUGCCCAUUUGACCCACCGGUAGGGGGGAUGUGUGGGGCUAACGAAUCUUUUCCCAAGGAACCGACACAAUGACCUAGCUGAGGCUCGAGGCCCGAGCACAGGCCACAUCAAACUGGAGUCCAGUAAACCAACCGAUGAGAUCACCGGCCUGAAAACUAAAAACAGCCUUAAACUACAAGUUUAUUUCAAGAUAAUAGCAUACAACAGUAAAACGAAAUCUAAAUCUAUGUCAAAAGGUUAAUCAUUUGCUAAUGAAUCUCCCAUUCUAACCUGAAGUCUUGCUCUAACCACUUGAUAAGGAUAUGUCGCUGUUGCGGCGAAAAUCUUCGACAGUGAAGCCAUUACAAGGUACUCAGUUGAACUCUGACGAAAAUGAAAGUUAGCAAAACAUAAAUUAGAGAGCAAAACACUUUAUAUAAAAAAAAGAACUACUAUAUUUUCAGCACUUCAGAGUGAUUCCCAAGAUAACCCACGGUUACAUAAUAAUAAAAGUCAUCCUAUAAGUACCUUCCUACCAGCCACGUGCACAACAAAGGUAUUAAGGUUGUCGUUUGGGCGUCAGUUGUAGCUUCAAAAUGCUGAAGCUCGUCAUGGAGGACUACUACUCAAGAUGAGAAGCCAAAAACUUUCCCCACCCUUCCCUCUCUCCUGUUCCCCCUUUACAUUCGCCACUGACCAUUACAUGUGUUCGUGUUAACCCUUUACACCCUAACAUCAAUAUCCAUAUUCUCCAUACUGUUCUCUGUACAUUUCCAAAGAUACUGACAAGGAGAAUUUCUUAAACAGUCGAACUUUUUCGGUGGCUGAAUAUUUCCUCUAUUCUCAUGACUUCCAUGUGUGAUUCAGAGGUAAUAUUGUAAGGUGAAGUUAGAUGUCAGUCAAUCUUGGGGGGGAGCGGGGCAAAGGGUUGAUUCUUAUCAAUCCUUCUGGGUGGAGAGGGGAGUUGAGAGAAAAGUUUCGUUCCAGUAAAUGACAACACUUCAGUCAUCCACCCUAAGCUAUUAACAUGAUCAGAGUAAAAGCGCUUCACAUGUUUUGUAUGUCAAGGAUUAAGAUCAAGAGUUUCUUGUUUGCUAACUCGGUUGAAUUUGUGAGCUUUAACACGUAUACAAUCAACUAUACAGACACGUGCAGACAGUAUUCACCAGCUUCUUGUUGAUUGGUGUUCCAAAAUAUUGACUGUAGCCUUUCUUCAGCUCCUCAUAGGCCAUGAAUUGCAGUGCUACGUGUGAUACGCCAAAAAUACCUGGAACGUAACCCUGGUCAAGUAAAAUAUAAUGAUAUGAGCAAACUUCAUGUUCCAUCCAAACACAUAAACUCAGGUAAACUCUAAGCUAGGCAAAGAUAGCGAGGUCUUAACUCUAAGACUGAUGUUUGUGCUUCUCUUUUGUUCUUGCUCUUUCCUUCCCUUUUUCUCUUUUUGACUGUUUUUUUUUCCUCCUUUUUUUAAGGAGGUUUGAAAACCACUGUUGGCUUAGAGCAUAUGCAGCAACCAAAACAUACUAACUACAACAUUGAAAUGUUUUACAUUAAGUCUCAAAAGUGAAUAUCAAAGACAUAAUUGGGAUUGCAUCAUGCAGACCUAUAUUUGUAAGAUACCUAAGGUUCUCUGCAAUCAGAGUACCAAACAAUGAGUCACUUAAAAAAUAGGCCCAAUGUAUUGGUGUACAGUUUUCAAAUUGUGCUCCAUAAGAACACUUUCACACUUCCACUAUUGAAUCUCCCAUGUACAUUUAAGAACUAAAGACUAUAUAUAUAUAUAUAUUUAAUAAUUCCUCUAUUAUACUACAUUUUAUUCUAUUAUUUUUUUUUUGUACUUAAGCUCAAGGUAUUAAGGUACACAUGGAGCGGUACACACCACUUGUGACUUCUUGGAUUUGGUUGACUUUAUUAGAGACCAAUACCCUGCAUACUUCACCACAAGACCAGCACACACAGUCAAAAUAAUCUCAAUUUUUAACUUGAUCAAUCAAUCAAAAAGCUGUCAACCGAUAUAUAUCAAGGUUACCUUGUAUAAAUCUCUCAACUCCUCAUGUCUCCACGACUUUAACAGAGCAUCUGUAGAGAACAAGGAGUACAAAAUAAGUCAUGCAUCUGGAUUUCAUGUAAGUGAGGAAUUGGUGAGCAUUAUUACAUGCGCCACCAACUUGAUUCCAGUUCACAGUGAAAUUGUGAUUGAGAAAAGUACCAAUCAAUUUAUUAUUCACUGCUGAAUCAACAUCAGGCUUAUAAAAAACUAAAGAAAUGAUCACAAACUUGAAAGAGCUCUUGAUUUUUAACUACAUUCUCCUUGUAAGUUGCAUGUCUGAAAUGUAUCAAGAACAGUACGGGGGAAAUACACACUGAUGGAAGUGUGUAAAUGGUUCACUUUUCUUUUCUCUCUCUUAGGUAAAAAGGUGUCAUUCAUCUUUGCAAACAAAUGUCUUACCAAAAAUUCAUUUGUACUGAGGUGUUUGUGUUUUUUCAGCAAGGGAAUCAGAAUACUAGAGACAUAAGCGAGUGUUGACCACCCAUAUUGAAUUUGUUAGGUAACCUGGCACAAACCACCAAAAAGUUCAUUCAUCAUUCUAAUGAGCAAAUAGAUGGACCUUAAUCGUUGGAAAGUAAGUCAACGUGAUAUAACUUAAAACUUUUCCUAAAAUGAUCUCAAUAAUAACGCAACACAAUCGGUUACUCGCCAAACAUACAAUUAUCUAUUUGUUCAAAAUUGAUCAGCGCACUUGAAUGAAUGUGUACAGGGCAUCGCAUGAAUUAAUGUCUGAUAACAUCUCGAACCGUGAACACGACCCUGAGAGUGACGCUAAAUGAGCACGCUUCAAACUUCGAGUCUCUCAACGGAGACAAACACCCUGUCCCAGAUGCUAUUUUCGAAACAUAUUCACAAUUCUUUCGUUAAAUUUUUUUCGAAUAUCUGUAGUUUUUAACAGCAGAAACAAAACAAGAUUAUAAAGACUGCCUCGAUAAGCUCUUACGUGGAAAAGCGCCAGAGUUUGCCCGAGAGGUUCAGAAUUCAGACCAACCGUACAUGCUCUAAAUUUAAAUUCAAAUAAAAGAUUAUUUGGGACUAGAAGUUAUUAGGAUCGCACAAGUUAUUAGUAAACUUACACAGCCACAGAAUUUAGAAAAGGAACCAAAACUGCAUAGUUUCUUUGAGAUCAGCUUAGAUUUAUAAGGCCUAUUUGGUGCACCGUUUUAUUUUGUCUCUUGUUAGAAGUGCUGUUUCACAGUAAUUUUUUUUGUUUGUUUUCAGUCAUUUGUGGCGGUGAAAUAUCGCUUUCAAAAAUCUCAAACUUUCAAAAUAUGGCCAACAUUUAUCAAAUAGAACAUAAAAAAACACGAUAUUUCCAUAGGGACAUUUUUUAAUACAAUAGCUUUCCCUCGACGGCUUUGAGGUUUUGCGGUGCCUUGAAAAAGAUCAAAUGAAAAAGAGCACAAAAAAAUUAGCCAAAUCUCAUGCAGCAACUUCUUUAUUCUCCAUGUGUAGAGGGCUGGAUUAGUCUUUAAGACGAAUAUCAACAUUUAGACAAAGUAAUUGAUAGCAUGAAUCAUGAGGUUCAUUUUGGAUAAAUGAUUCUAGACAACUUUUCUCUCAAAUAUUGAUAACUGAGUUCAGUCAAAAAAUAUUGUUUGGGAAGAAAUAUUAAGAGAAUAUAGUUCAAAUUGCUUGACCGGUCGUACUUCUUUUCUGCUUUGAAAAGUGCAAUAUUCAGGACUUAAUUAUCUUCAAGCGGCACGGGUCCGGCGGUUGUAAUUUACGUCCACGGGGGCGUCUUUCCUACAGUAGAAAUCUCAUAAAAAAUAAAUGUCCUCAAUGCAUCAAUUUUUGGUCACGGAACCAUAGUUAAAACAAUUUUUAAGGACUUAACUCGGACUCAAGUUUCAAUGCACAAAGGUUGUGCAUUAAGAAACGAAACUACUUGGCGACGAUUUGACGCAAAAUCUCUGGAGGGCUUUUCUUAAGUCAACACAUAAUUCUGAAAUAUUUGAGGGCAGUCGUUUUUGAGCGGGAGGUGAAAAAGAUAUCUUUUAGGCUUGAUUUUAAUAAUAUCAGUCCUUUUGCAAUUCUCAUUUCACUUUGCAGCUGAUCCUUGCUAUCAUUAUGAAAACCUGAGUGAAGCCAAUAGAAAGAAAGAUUACCUUACACCUCCCGGUUCAGAAUUGUGUGACUACAAACUCCCUGAGGGAUGGUAUCGUUUUGUGGGAGCUGCGGGAACAAAAAUGCCAACAACACGUGUGCCAGCAUACAGAUGUGGUACAGACUGGUCAGGCUGGUUGGAUGGUGCUCAUCCUACAGUGCAAGAUGGUGAAGUUGAUAUGAAGGUCUGCUUUAGUAAUCGUCUAUCUGAGCUCCCGGUUUGCAAAUACUCAACAACGAUUUUUGUGAAAAACUGUGGAUCCUACUUCAUCUACAAACUUCACCACCCACCUGGUUAUGAUUCAUGCUACUGUGGUACAGACUGAAUGCGAAGCAAAUAUACAUGGCGCAGUAAGAGGACUCAUAAAUCGCUCCGUAACUACAUGUGUGUAAGGUUUUUAACAUGUGAUCUACUUAACCUUUCGUCUCUAUCGUGAACAUUAUCAGCAGAUUUUAACUUUGGUGGCAAACAGGUAUUUCUUUCAUUAUAAUGAUAAUUCUCAUCAGAGAGCCUCUGUUAUCGAAGAGAGUUGAAGGAUCUUCAAGGUAAUCUUCAAAUAAAAUCUGCAUGACGCAAACUCUCAAGCUGAUGGUUUUCGAGCCUUUUAAUUGUGAAUUUCUUUUUUUAGUAUAUUUUUUUAAUUAUUAACCAUAGUUAUUUUAGCGUAGGUUGACGGAAUACAAGGAGGCGCUGUCUUACAAUAUCGGCGUAGAAAAAAAAUAAGUAAAGACAGUCAAAAUCUGAUGUCCUAUGAAAUUACACAAAGUUAACGUAAUAAUUGUGACUCAGUAUUUUGGAACGUUAAACAAAUUUCCAGACACACAGUAAGCAAAACUCAAUGGUUUAGCCUGCGUAACCGUUAUUUAAUUAAGCGCGCAGGCACUCCAUUCAUUCAAGAUGAAAUUUGUCAAAACAAUUUUUUGCAGCAAUCUGUAUAGGUAAUCAGGCGUUUGGAGUGCAAUUUGGGAGAAAUCAGCACGAGUAAAUUUUCAAAGGCUAACCAAAUUGCAUAAGCCUUUGGGGGCGAGUGCAACAUUCAUGAGUACGAUUACGUUUAAAAACUGCAUGUAGUUUUUAAAAGUUGACCAGUUUUUCAAAGUUUAAUGUUUUCCUACAACAGAAACGCAAAAAGAAAAAUAUUCGAAGUCGCGAUGUGCUAAAAAUAAGACUUAGAGUAGUAUAGGUGAGUUGUAAGGUGUUGCAAACAACUUUGUACACCGUUCAAGCACAUCACUAACAAUUUUACACAGAAAUGUUAGAUUUGAAAUCAAAAUCACAGUUUCUCAUUGUGAAAUUUUCCUUGUUUUAACCUGCAAAAAUGUUUAAAGAAUCCUAUGAAAAAUAAUGAGCGCUGGAGAAAAACACGCAAGAGCCACUUCUUUUCUAAGACUAGUCUUUGAAUCAUUUGAUGUUUAUUUGUUUCUAAUUUACAAGAAGAGACCCGAACACAAAUCAAAUGAGGCAAAACAAGGCGAGUUUAUUAACAACGUAUCAAACUAUUCAAAAAUCGUUGGUGCUCUUUUCAAAGGAAAGUGAUAUGAGCUGAGUCACUUUGUGACUCAGCUGCUUGAGUGGUAGAAGGGCAUCGCAUAUGUAAUCUCAUCAUUUAACAAAAACUUUAUCCCUUUGUAAAUACUUUUGACUUACACGGACUUUUUUAUGUAGUCCAUAUGCCAGAGUAGGUUCUCGGUACCACUCAUCUAAUGAAAUGUUAUGUAAAAGACUUCAAAUUCAUUUGAUAGCAAUCGCGAAAGAGUAGCUUUUACCAUAAUAUCAGUAACCAGGGAAAAUGACAACAACAACAAAGAAAUGUUCGGGCAAAUGCAUGAAACCAGAACCCAGUGAGGUAAAAACAAAGUAAUCAAUCAAAACUGGUUUUAACUUUACAUCACAACAAUUCAGUAAUAAAUGAAGAAACUUAUUGUAAAAGAUCGUAACGUAAGGAACAGCAAAAGGAGAGUAAGAUAGUUUUCUUUAGAACUGUCACAAUUAAUUUAAUAUUGAACAUUUUCCUUGAUUAAAUUGCAGGUAAUUUUCCCACAAGUAAUGUUAGAAUUCAAUUGUCAAUUGUUAUUAAAAUAAACAGUAAUAAUAAAAAAAAAGGAAAACUUGCAAAAAAGGCAUCUCUCAACAAAGGGAUAAAUUAUUGUUAUCUGUAGGGGCUAAGAAUAGUAAUGGCUACCUCUUGCAUUACUGUACAUAAAAUGCUCUGAGAAAAACUUAUUUUCACAUGACGCCGGAGCAUGAAGCGUUACUAAUAAAAUGUGUAGACGCACUGGGUUGUUAACUUUGCACCUUAACGAAUUUUUUUUUUCCAUAAAUGGAAUCAGUCGGAGCUGUUGCUGAAUAAAGCCUGGUAAUAAAACCACCCGCUAUAAUUUUGUCCCUCGUCAAAAGUAUACCCUAACACAUCAGAUGGAGCACCACCGAGUUCUGUCCAGUCGAACAUGCGGAUUUUCUUUCGCCUCUGCCAAACCAAUGAGAUGAAAAUACCUUAAAAUACUGAUUACUUUUUCUACCGCACACCUUUUCUUUGACAUGUUACAGUAUUGUUAUUAUAGAGGUGAAUAACCAAUCAGUUGGCAUUCUAGGCCCAGAGGUUGUCUUAAGCUUUACUUUGAGCCUUACUGGUGAAAUGAGAGUGACUUUGCUCAAGGCUGAGAGGUCAUUACCUUCUAUCAAAAUCAAGACACCUGACAUCGCCACAAAUGUUAAUGAGUGAAAAAAGUGACUAUAGCACUCAGGUAAUCUGGCCCAGACCACCAAAACCACCAAUAACGCAACACAAUCAGUUACACGCCAAACAUAAGAUUAUCUAUUUGUUAAGAAUUAAUCAGCGCAUUAGGACGAAUAUGGGAAGGCUAUCGGGCAUCAAGUGAAUUAACAUCCAAUAACAUCUUAACUGUGAACAGGACCCUGAGAGUGACGCUAAAUGAGUACGCUUCAAACUUCGAGUCUCUUGACUGAGGCAAUCACCAUGUCUAAGACGCUUUUUUCGAAAUAGUUUCACAAUUCUUUUAUUACAUUUUUUUUUCGAAUUUCUUUAGUUCUUAGCAGUACAUACAAAACAAGAAUGUAAAUAUUGCAAUGAAAAGCUCGUCCAUGGAAAAGCGCCAACGUUUCACUUAGAGGUUUGAAAUUUCAGAAUUUAGACCACCUGCUCAUGGUCUAAAAUUCAAAUUCAAUUGAAAGAUUCCUUAGGACUAGAGGAUAUUAGGAUCAUACAGUUCUAACUCAAUUUAGUCAUCUCAAAUAAAAUUUUGUUCAAAAGUUCUCUUCUAUUGUUCAGUCGCAUGUCACAUUUAAACAAUGUUAAAAUAAGUGAGCAACGCCGCGUAAAAAAACAAACAAACAAACAAACAAACAAGCAACCCAGAGAGAGCAAGCCUCUACUAGUAUAAAAUUUUUGUAUUCAAAUGAUGGUCAUUAAUACCUUUUAGGACCUGUCAAGUCUCUCAUUUUAAAACAACUUAUACGAUACCAUAUCAUAUUUUGGUGACGAAGGGGUUAGAAUACACGCGAGAAAUUCUUCAGUGCUGUAAUUUGGGAGCAGCUUACAUCAUAAAUUUAAGUAACGUAAGGAUAAAAAGAACUUAAACUGACACAUGUUAGAUGAAAAAAAAAACCUGUCACAUUUGUAGCGUCUUUAACUUAAAUGAACUUCACAGUCGCCCAAUUGUUAGUGUCAGGCUGAGUAAUAAAUUAUUCAACUUUUUCUGGAAUUACGUAAGUUUGUUUGCAUUUCCGUAGUAUAUUUCUGCAAUUUCUUUAGCCUGAUCCUAAACUUAAAUUCGAAUUGUAGCUUCAUCUCUGCACUCAAGUUUUUAUGUCGUUCUCGAAUAAUGGAAUCUUGUUUACUAUGAACAAAUUAACUGCAUCCCACAUCAUCAAUAUUUGCUUUGCUUGGGACGGACAAUUUGACGUUCCUCAAGGUUAAUUAUAUUUUCCAUAGCUUAUGGAUGGGUUUCUUUAGUGAGGCAAUGGAUUAUGAAAAGAUGACAGGGAUGUGUUGUGAAAAUACUCCUAAGAGCUAAUUUUAAAGUAGCUUUCGUAUGUUUGUAGCUAAAAUUUACCAAACCUUAAUUCGUGUCUAAAAGCUAAUAAUUUAUACCGAUUAGUUUUCAUUUAAAAUUAAUGAAACAAAUAUCCUCGCCAUUGGUUAGCAAACAUCGCAAACAGAACGAUUAUAAUAUUUUAACUUCCGGCCCGAAUCUUGUUGAAUUCAAUACUUGAGAGGAGCCAAAACAGAAACGAUGAAGUUCUUUACAUUGGCUUAAAACAAACGGUUGGUAUCGUAAUCAUAGUUGUAAUACAUUGAGGAAAGACAGCAUUUUGAACUCUGUAGCAAUCAGGUGGUUGAGGACCGCAUUUCGUAUAUUUAUCAGCUCUAGAGUUACGUGGCAUAAGUUUGACUAAAAUCCCAAAAUAAGAUUUAGUAAAUAUUUGAGGGCAAACUAACUACGGCUACCUUCUAGGAUUUAGUUUUCAGAUAUCACCUAUGAAUACCAUCCAUAGAAGGCCGGUGUAUUUGUUUUAACACGAUGGUGGUCGAAUUCUACUUUGUUUCUACUUUCCCUCAACGGUUUUGAGGUUUUGCGGUACCUUGGAAAAGAUUAAAAGGAAAAAAAGAAUCGUAGCAAAUGUCGUGCGGGAACUUACUUUAUUCUCUAUGUAUAGAGGGUUGAAGUAGUCCCCAAGACUACCAUAAACAAUUUAAACAAACAAUCGAUAGCGUUCAUUUAAGUUUCGGCUAGAACGGAAUCAUAAGGUUCGUUUUGGAUAAAUGAUUCGAAACAACUUUUCUCUCAACUGUUGAUAACUGAGUUAAAAAAUCUUUUUUUGGGAAUAAAUAGUAAGAGAAUAAAUUUAAUUUGCUUGACCGAUCGUACUUCUUUUCUGCUUUGAGAAGUGGAAUCUUCAGGAAUUAAUUAUUUUCAAGUCACCCAGGUGUUUUUAUCUCGGACUCAAGUUUCAAUGCACAAAGGCUGUGCAUUGAGAAACGAAGCUACUUGGCAACAAUUUGACGCGAGGUGCGUAUGUAAAUUCUGGAGGGCUUUUCUUAAGUAUGUCAACACAUCAUUCUGAAAUAUGUGAGGGCACUCGUUUUUGAGCAUGAGGUGAAAUAUAUAUCUUUUAGGCUUAAAAGUUUCUGAAAGCUGAUAAUCAAGUCUCCCUGACGUUGGAGAGUGCGGGGGCUCUAAGAAAAAAUUUUGUGUUUAUCAUUCGUCAUUCCUUUUCAGGAUGAGUGAAGUUCUCUGUUAUUAUUGAUAUGAAAAAAUAUAUAUUUUACUCUAUGCUAAUACAAAGGUAAAAUCGAACGUGCUUUCUCUGUGUACUAAUACAUUAAAAAAAAAAAAAAAGAAUUAUAAGCGUUUGAGCCUAAACAUAUCCAGGUGCAAAAUAUUUAUUGAGGACUUCAAAGGAGCGAGCACUCAUCUUUUACCACACAUACACGUAGAUGGAAAAUGACAAAUAUUGAUAAAAUAAUAAUUUCAAAUGUUUUUCAGUCCUCUCUCGCAAAGCAACUCUAAACUGGUAAAGGAAUGCGACUACAUUUUUUAUGGAAAGAAAAAAUAUUUUGUGUUUAUGAAUAAGAUUCUAACCUAAUUAUCUUUGCUUUCUUGAAUGGAACUGAAUAGCGAAACAGAAACUAAAAAAUUAGAAACAACUUACAUCUAAAAAAAUUACUGAAAAGACAAUUUUUUACAAUCAAAAAACAACUUUGAGAUCCGAGUAAACGGUACAGAAAUCAUAUAAAGAGUUCUGCCGUGCAUAACGUUAAAAAUAUAAUCAAUACCAAUGCUUUGCUCUGAUUAAACUGAACGUUUUCAAUUAAAAAGCCUCAUUUCAAUCGAUGGAUUCACAAUGUAAGUUCAACCUCAUAUCCUCUCUCUUAAAUUGAUAUGGAAGAGGAAUCAAAUUAUUUUGUUCAAAACGAAUCUUCAGCGCAAAAGUUCUGCGUCAUUGUUUCAUUCAGCUAAUGGAAAAUUGCGAGCACGGUACCAUUAGCGUAAGGAAAAAAGGGAGUCUUGUUAAACCUUUUUUUCCUGUCAACUUGCUAUUAGAUGAAUAUUCUUUCCCAUAAAUCGAACGGUCACGAUAUGUUUUGUAUCGCCAAAAUAUUGCAACUCAAAACAACAAUUGAUCGAGACAUUUCAACAAAUAUCUGGCUCACUCGUGUCAUUUUCAUCUUUUAAUCGUGUGGCCGAUCAACAUCUUAACUGCGACUCCGUCUACGAAACAACAUUUAUCAUUCCCAAAUAACGGCAAGAGAUGUAAAAGUUACCGAUAUGAAUCGGAAGAACAAAGGUGUAGCGACUCGGACAGUAAUAAUAUAAUUAUAGUAGACAUGUGGUUAAGAGUGACGCUAAAGAAGUUCGCUUCAAACUUCGAGUCUCCAGACUGACACAAACACAAUGUCUCAGAAGCUUUAUUCGAAAUAGUUUCACAAUUCUUUUAUUCAUUUUUCCGAAUUUCUGUAGUUCUUAGUAGUAGAAACAAAACAAGAAUAUAAAGAUUGUUAAUAAUAUAAUAGCGCCAAAGUUUGUCCGAGAGGUUUGAAAUUUCAGAAUUUAGACCACCUGAAAAUGGUCUCAAAUUCAAAUUCAAAUAAAAGGUUCCUUGGGACUAGAAAAUAUUAGGAUCUCACAAUUCUAACUCAAUUAAGUCAUUUCAAAUAGAAUUUUGCUCGAAAGCUCUCUUCUAUUGUUUAGUCGCAUGUCACACUUAAAAGACGUUAAAAAGAUUGAGCAGCCCCGCGUAAAAAAAUAAAUAAAUAAAUAAAAAAAUCAAGCAACCUAGAAAAUAAAAGAGAUGGCUAGUCUCUAUUAGCAUAAAAGUUUUGUAUUUAAAUGGUGGUCAUUAAUAGCUGUUAGGACCUGUCAUGUCCUCAUUUUAAAACAAACUAUACAUGCACUUGUGGUGACGAAGGGGCUGGAACAAACACGAGAAAUUCCCAAAUAGUAUAAUAUGAGAGCAGCCUACAUCAUAAAUUUAUGUGACGUAAGGAUAAAAAGAACUUGAACAUGUUAGAUGACAAAAAAGAACGUAUCACAUUUGCAGCGUCAUUAACUUAAAUGAACUUCACAAUUGCCUGAUUGUUAGUGACAAGCUGAGUAAUAGGUGACUGAUUUUUUUCUGGAAUUUUGUAAGUUUGUUUGUAUUUCCGGCCGAGUAAAUUUGGCUAAAAUUACUUGGCCUGAUCCUGAACUUCAAUUCGAAUUAUAGCUCUCUGCACUCAAGUAUAUAUCUCUGCACUCAAGUUUUUAUGUCGUUCUCGAAUAAUGGAAUCUUGUUUACUCCUGUCAAGCUGCUAUGGAGCGUUCUCGCGAGAUUUCGGGAGAGCCAUUAAUCAGUCCAUGACAUGUAUUAUGAUUUUUAUUAUUACUCACCUGGGAGAUAGAUAGUUUUCAAAUUAAGCUGUAACUAAGCGGGAAUUCAACAUUUACCUGUGGUGUCUUACCCUAAAUAUUUUCAGAUUAAGUACAAGGAAAGAAGUAUGUGGUGGCUCUUCUGCCAUUUAAGAUUCGUCCUUUUCACAUCUACCAUGAAUUUUGUUACAGCUAAUGAUCAAUGUAGGACCGAAGUAAAUGUACAAGGAAUGGCUCUCAAGCGUUCUGUUUUCAAAAGAUGGUCAGUGGCGGCUCCUCAUCUUUGCGAUGUCAAAUGUGGACAAGAGAUUACAUGCCAAAGCUAUAACUACAACAGAAAUUACCAAAUAUGUGAACUAAAUAACCGCACCAAGGAGGCGAGACCAGAGAAUUUCCUUUCAGCACCCGCGUGGUUUUACAUCCGGCGAUUGAACGGCAGAGGUGAGAAAUCAAAGGUUUUUCUAUCUAUGUGAUUUCUAUUUCUUAAAGUCUUCUCCGUCCUACAAGAACUAAGAAUUGGUGGUGAACGUAAAACAUAUCUUUACUGCAGCUCCAUUAGGCUCUAUCCCUGAAUUACCGGCGUUGUCUUGUCACGAAAUAAAGGCAAGUGAAGGUAACCACAUCAUAAGCGGCAAGUAUUGGCUGGAUCCAACUUGUAAAGGAAAGGCAAAACUGAUUUACUGUGAUAUGGUUCACGAAGGUAGGUCUAAUAAGUUUGCAUGAGUUAUUUUAUUUUGUUACGAGCUAUCAGUAACAUGAGAUUAUUAUAAAAUUAUACUGUUAUUGAUACCAUCACCCAGAUAUUUGAUUUGGAUCAGUUCUAGCAAGGAUGUCUCUCUCAAGUUGCUCUAACAUAGUUACUGCUUCUCUUGCCACAUUCUAGAUAUGGAUGAAUGUAAAUAUAACAUCAGUAACUGCGAUGUGAAUGCAAACUGUACCAACAAGUAUGGUUCUUACAAAUGCAUAUGUAAAGUGGGAUACACCGGCGAUGGACACUCAUGUUCAGGUAAUUUUUAAGAUGACCUUAUUAAUAUUUCCCAAUAAAACCAAUUUUUGUAAAUAUUCUCACGAUUUUAAGCAGCGUUACCCAUGCAUGUUUAGGCACAGAGUAACCUUGGUCUACCCCUGGCUUGUUUCAGAGCAUUCAGAUUGAUAAAUUAAACUAUUUGUGCUGAAAUAUAAUUUCGCAAUAUCUAAUUCAUGUAGCCCUAAAAGAGAAACAUUUGUUUUAUAAUUUGUGAUGAUCAAAGGAAUUAGACGACUAUAAGUAAUAAAAACGAUAAGAUGCAAAAAUGUAUCGAUGGUUUUUCAGAUAUUGACGAGUGUAAAGGAAAUCACUCUUGUCACGUGAAUGCUAUCUGCACGAACACCAAAGGAUUGUACGUUUGUACUUGUCACCCCGGAUAUACUGGAAAUGGACACAGCUGCACAGGUAUUUAUGCGUUUCUUUUUUAGCCAUUUCCAUUAGAAAGAAAAGCACUAUCAUCGUUUCAAGACUUCCUUUACCAGCAUACCUUGUAUAAAAAAAGAGAUGAGUGUACUGAGGCCUGAAGACAAUGUUGAUAAUGACACAAUUGUAUUAAAUAAACAUUCAGUGGUAAAAAAAUCUCAACUGGCAAAGGGAGACUUGAUGGAUGGGCUUACAUGACAGAACAACAGAUUUAAACCCGCGGGGAACCAAGAAAAAAAAGCUAGUGAGCUCUAAAGUGAAGUGCUUGCGUCUAGGACCCAAGAAAACAAGACUAAGGUUUCUAAGCUUAUGCUCUGAAACUUCUUCCCAAUUGAAUUUUUUAAAAUAUAUUAUUUGUUAUGUUUAUCAUUUUACAGAUAUUAACGAGUGUAAAGGAAAUCACUCUUGUCAUGUGAAUGCUAUAUGCAUGAACACCAAAGGAUUUUAUGUUUGUACUUGUCACCCCGGAUAUACUGGAAAUGGAAGCGACUGCACAGGUACCUGAUGUAUUUCUUUUGAAACCAUUUCCAUCAGAAAGAAAAGCACUAUCAUAUUUGCGAGACUUGUUUUACCAGCAUACCUUGUAUUGACCCUUUCACUCCUAAGAUCUCAUUAGUAAUUCUCCUUACUGUCUGCCACACAAUUCUUAUGAUGUCAGUUCUAAGAAUUUGGUAUUGAAUCAACUGAUAAUCCCCAAGCUGAUAUUUUUCCUUAUUCUCCUCACUUGUCUGUUUGAUAUUGUAAUGAUUUGGUAAGGAGAAUUUCUUUCUUGGUCAUUAAAGGGAGUUAGGUGGUUAAGUAAACAUUCAGUGUAAGGUAAAAAAUCUCCACUGGUAAAAGGAGACUUGAUAGAUAGGAACAGAUUUGAACUUGGGGGAACCGACAAAAAAAUCUGGUGAGUGGUUGUGUGAAGCAUUUGCGUCUGGAACCACAAGACAACAAGACCAGGGUUUCUUACGUUAUGCUCGGCAACUUUCUUUUUAAUUACAGUUCGUUUCUUUAGUUAUGUUUACGAUUUUGCAGAUACCAACGAGUGCAAAGGAAAUCACUCUUGUCACGUGAAUGCUACAUGCAUGAACACCCUUGGAUCACAUGUAUGUCAAUGUCAUGCUGGGUAUACUGGAAAUGGACAAAACUGCACAGGUGAAUUUAAUUUCUUCGCUACAAUAUUUUUAAUAGUCCUGUAUGCUUUCCAGCUACAGCGCCGCACCAUUUAGCCGCGUUGCAAGACAAUUAGGUAAUUAAUUACUCAUUACUGGUUUUGAUUUAGGCAGCCAUUUCUCAUGUCAAGAACCUCUUAGGUAAUGUCCCUGACUUUUAAAUGAACAAUUUUGGUGACUAAUGCGUUGUUCUCCUUUAAAAUUAACCUUAUCACAAUGACUGACAGGAGCAUGAAAAUAAAAUCGCUCGUUUGGCUCUGAACCCUGUGCACAGGAUGGAUAUGUAAAUGAUUUUCCAAGGCGUUACGUUUUCGUUGACACUCAAAAUAUAUUUGAGUGAAAAAGUUGAAAAUUAUUAUCAUCAAGUUUUAUAAAAUAGUCAAGAUACUACGAGCGCCCUGCUUGUUCUAAAACAAUCGUUGAUUGCACCGGUAAACCUGUGGAAAAUUGAAGUUUAUAUAUGUUAUUAAAGUAACAGACCGCACUUUCUAUCGGUUUACCAGCGUAGUAAACGUCUUCAGAUGUUGGGAAACCAUUCGAAAAAAAAGUAGAUCAAUCGCCUCCAGCUCGUUCUCACAAAAUCCAGCGUGGAUUAUAUCGCCAGUAAACUGAGAGAAAGAGCGAUAAAUAAAGGUUCUACAAGAACUGCGGUGCUGCGUCAGUGGGAGAAUGCAACAGGGUAAUUUAGUAUUAUCAACUGAGUUGAUGAGGUAAAUUGGCCACCGUAAAGAGUGCUACAACGAAUGCUCGAAACGUCAGCUUUGAAACUCUUUACAGAGGCCAAUUUGCAUUAUCAACUCAGUUGAUAAGGUAAGAAAAAUAAUGGGGAAGGAAAAAAAUCUAAAAGAAAUGGCAGGUUGAGUCCUGAAGGGAUUGUAUAUUUUUCUCUGACCUUAUCUGACCCUUUUAUUAGAACGAAAGGAAACCUUUAGGAGGCAGAGAGAAAUUACACACUCCUGGGAAAUAAUUGUGUUACUACCGAAUACCUCGGGGCUGGCAUCGUUGUGCGGGAGCUGAGAAUCAAAAAUGUCUUUAACGCAUUUGGUAGCAUAUAGUAGAGGUACAUACAACUCAGACUUAAAUGGGCGAUUAAAGCAAAAGGAAACAUGACUCUUUGUAAUGCUAUCAGUGAUUGAGGAAGGGCUAACGCUCGUAACGUCAGCUUUUUUACCCUUUACGGUGGCAAAUUUACGUUUUCAACUCGGUUGUUAACACUAAAUUACCUGCUAUAAUUAUCAAAACCUGGGUGAUGCCAAUAUUAAGAGUAGUUACUCUACACCGCAAUUUGGUCCAGUGUUUUGUGACGACCUAUCCCCCAAGGGAUGGUACGUUUCGUGGGAGCAGCAGGAACAAGCCAGUUGUUUCAGAGCCGAUAGCUUAAUAAACUGAAAUACUCGUGAUAAAAUAUACGUUUCAAAUAUCUAAUUCGUGGAACACAAAAAGAGAAAAAAUUGUUUUGUUAUGUAUGAUUAUCAAAGUAAUCACUCGACUGAGAGUCCGCUCAUUUUUAAAGUGACAAACAUGAUGAAGUGCAAAUAUAUAUGUGGUUUCCUCAGAUAUUGACGAAUGUAAAGGAAAUCACUCUUGUCACGUGAAUGCUACCUGCACGAACACCAACGGAUCCUAUCUUUGUGAAUGCUACCCUGGAUUUAAUGGAAAUGGUCAAAGCUGCACAGGUGAAUUUAAUCUCUUUGCUAUAAUAUUUAGAAUAUUCCUGCUCGAAUAUAACCUGAAGCUGCUGAGGUGGCCAUAUUAUUAGUUUCUCAUAUGUAAACGAUACUGGUUGCGCCCUAAGUCUGCCUACAGUUGUCCUUUAAUGCAUUAUCUGAAAAAGAAGGAGUUCAAAUUCGGAUCCUGAUGAGUUUAUCUGGAUCUCCAAUAUCACUGUUUUAGUCUCAAAGCCUUAAAGUAUUUAAAGACAUGCGAGUUACAAUGUUUAAUUCUUUUUCGCCUAAAAAAACUGUAGGUACGUUUAAGCAAUUGCUAUCUACAAUCGAGUGAGUGAAUAACAGACCAAUAAUAACUUGCAUGCUAUAUCUGUGGAUCCAUAGCAUUAAAUAAAGCAAUUUUAGCAGGAACUAUCGUCCUACCAGUGCUAAGUUUUGUUUAUUUAAGCAGCAUUACCCAUACAUGCUUAUGCACGGAGUUGCCAUGAUCUACUUCCGGUUUUUCUCAGAGCCUUGAUGUUAGGAGAUAUAAAAAAGAAUAUUGGAAAGGAGAAUACAACAUCUAAGUUGCACGUUUCAAAUUUCAAGCUCGUUAAAGACAAAGAAAGAGAAAGCUUUCUCUUAUUAUCUGAAAUGAUUAAAGUAAUUACAAAUCGUUAGACGACAAAAGUAAAGUGCAAAAUGUAUUUACGGUUUCUCAGAUAUUAGAGUGGUUUAGCAAGAGAACGGGAACGUCAUUUCAGAACAGGAAAGCGCGCGGAUAAUCUGGACACGACUCUAUUUCGACUUCCGGUGUUAGCGUUGCCGUUCUCCCCAUCAAGUUCAGGACGUCAUUUCGCUGAUUUCCCGUCGUGAUCAAAACGCCUAGGAUUUGCGUUAAUUGUGCACUUAUAAAUGAGAUAAUGCUGUUUGGAAUGAUUUCAGAACUCAUUUCCAGGAUAACCAGGUUCCUUUCUUUGUUUUAUUCGGUGAGUUUGUGAAAAUUUACCGCCACAUUAAUUCUGGAUUCCCGAAAGGAAACACGAUCGUUAGCAAGCGAUCUAAGAUUUUAGGGAUUAGUUACCUUUUGUAAUUGAGCGUGGCUUUAAGCAACGUUGGGGCUUUUCUUUGAUACAUUUCUUAAACCGUAUAUGAAAACUGUAAGAACGGGUGCUGUUAGUUUUAUCGUGAAUUAAUUCAUCAAUAAAUUAAACUUGCUUCAUGUUGAAGUUUAUCAAAAUGAAACAACACAAAGGUUACCUGCCAUAUUAUUCAGUGGUAUUUGUUGUCAUUGUCGUUUUAACCGUGAUUAAAAAAUUGUUCUGAGAAUUGAAGUCAAAGAUAAAAAAAUUUGAGAAUAUCUUGGGCUGCACUUUUUUAUGUCUUUAGUUUUGAUCAGCGUCGUUGAAAACUUAGACAAGAAAGUCAUCUACGAAAGAAAAUAAAAAUCAACUUGAUUUCGGCACGGUUUUCUAAAUCUAUUAAUUUGAUUCAGUCUUCAACGACUUUAUUCGUUAAAAAAAUUAAAUUAAAAAAAACAAAAUAAAACAGGAACGAAGUCUGAUUCCUCAGUCUAACCGUUUCGUUGGUGACUAGUUUGAGUGCAUUUCAUUCGUUCAUGGUUAAACGGGAACUCAAACAACUCCAUCGUUGAGUCGCCUGAUCUCUACAUGUUUCGCCAUGACUCCUGCUUAAAAGAGGUGUACUGUCAUGAUUGAGAAGAAUAUUCAGUAAACAAGGGAAAAAACGGCGACGAUUUCAAUUCAAAAUUAUACUUUACAAAAUUAUGAAGAAAAACGAGUAGUGCUGAAAUCUAGAAGCACGAAACGAAAUGACAGCGAUACAAAUCAUAGAAAAAAAUAUUUAGUGGGCUUCAGAAUUUGAUAGAUGAAUCUGCAGACUCGAGACUUAGCUGAAAUGAACUAAUUUCAAAGUUUAAUCGCCCAUGUGGAUUCAUAUUAACAACUCACUUGUAGUAAACUAUACUCGGUUUGUGCUUGUCGUUACACUCUCAAAGAGGAUAAUUUCGUUGUCCUUCAAGUGGUCUAUGAAAACGAAAAUUCAAGGCUGAUAAUGAUCCGAAAGAGCCAAGGUUAGGAUAUUCAAGAACAAAUAUAACGUGGACGGUUCGUUGAAACGACUGCUAAGUCACUUUUCAACACAACGCGACGGUGUUCUCGACCCAGUUUUUUCUCGGCAUUUUUGCUGCGCACGCAGUUCUGAAAUGACGUUCCCGUCCUCUUGCUAAACCGCUCUAUUAACGAGUGUAGAGGAAAUCAUUCCUAUCACGUGAAUGCAACAUGCAUGAAUACCCUUGCAUCACAUGUAUAUGAAUGUCACCCUGGAUAUGCUGGAAAUGAACAAAACUGCACAGGCGAAUUUAAUCUCUUUCCGAAAUAUUCAUGACAUAAUUGACUCCAGCGCCGCACCAUUCAGCCGCGUUCACUCAUAACUCGUAAUAUAAGCAGCGGUUUUUCAUGAAGGCGAUCAAGUUUUUUUUUUGUUUCCCGCGUUGAAAGUAGCAGUAAAUUCCUACGAGUUGACUUUCCUCCGAAAUUCACAUCGAGGAAGCAUAAUUUUAUGCUACCUUGUGUACAAAAACGAAUCAUUUUUUGAUUAUGUUUUAAAUGAUUUAACAACCUUACACGAACUUUUACAUGAUGCAGACAUGAAACUCUCCGUGGAACUAAAAAACUUUCAGGAAUCCCAAACCUUUAAAGAUUCCCUAAUAAUAAUAAUAAUAAUAAUAAUAAUAAUAGCAGCUAUGAUCCUUAUUUGACUUAUGCAAACCGAUGAAUGAGUUUCCAGCAAUCGGAUCCUUGUGUUUUCGCAAAGAUUUCUGGGAACGCCACGGGGCAAACAUUACAACUCCCUAGAAAUAAAUGUAUGGCGAAAGGCUGUUUCGAGGUCCAAAGAAACGUUUACGAAGAGAGAUCACCGCUUUUUUUUGCCGCUGCUUUAUCAUAAUUGGAGUGGGUAAUGUUGAUUCAAGGGAAGCGUAAGUUUUGUUUGAACAACCAUGAAAUAUGAAGUAAAAUGAGCCGAUUGACUUUUCACCAAGCGCACGGUUUAUUGUGAAAUUGACAUCGUGUUCUGGUCUCGAAAUUUAGACAUAUUAGCCUUUUCAGUUUUGUUUACGUGUGUUAAGUCUACUUAUAGCUUCUAGCUUUUUUCUUGGCUUGGUAAUACAAAAGAGCGCUACAACGCUACCUUGAAGUAGCAGGAGAUCGAAAUGGUGUGCUUGGGCAUUGAAUAAUAUCGCGAUACAUAUAUGUUAUUUACCGGCUAAGGGUCGGUCCGUAUGGUGAAAAACUGUGACCUCGGCCUUGAAAAAUUUAAUCAUUCACAAAAAGUACAUAGAAAGUUAAAACGUGAGGUAUUUGGUUACAGGUAAACUGAACAAUGGAACUUUCAUUCAUUUGAUGUCUGAAUUUUCUCAAACAAUUCAAUCGGCCUUGAAAAUGCUGCCCGAGGCCUACGGCCUCGGGCAGCAUUUUCAAGACCUCGGUCACAGUUUUUCACCAUACGGACCGACCCUUAGCCAGUAAAUAACAUUUUUUUUUUUUAACUUAACGAAACACAUUCUGAAAGAACCCGAAUGAUUUAGGGCUAUAAAUACGGCGAGAUCUUCCAUAAACUGAACAAUUUCUGAGCGAGUAAAUGGUAGUUAAAGUAAAGGUGAUACAAAUUAAGGAGAGAUGCUUCACUGAAACAUUUUCACUUGCGUAAAUAAAGGUGAUUUAAAAGGCUUCCAAACAAAGUUUGAAACAUUAUUUUUACAAGUAUCUGUCACAAUCUGACACCUGUCAAUUAGAGAGCGCGUAAGAAAAACAAAAAAAGCGCAAGAAUAUUUGAAAAACAACGGAACUAGUUUGGCAAGGACUGUCGCGACAAUGUUUUCUUCAAAAACAAUCAAUGAUAUAAUGGAAAGUAUUAUUCACUCUCAUCGACGAUUCAUUCAUGUACGAAGAUUUACCUCUGUUCAUUAAGUAAACGGCCAGGAAAGUAAUUGUGAGUAAAUUCAAAUUUUUUAUUUUGAAGUUGUGAGAGUUUGCUCGUUUGUUUGCUGCAACGGCGUAUGUAAAUCUGGUCUUUCCUCCACAAAAACGAAAUUCGAACGGCACACUCCAACGAGACACAAGGGGAUUUCACGCGGCCUUUUCUCAAUAAAGUCCUUCAGUUUCUGUUGUGCAAUUUAUGGUCCAAAUGUCCAAAUUGAACGGACUUUGAAAGACUCACCGAGAGCGUAUAUUUAUUGUCGAACUGAAAUUAAAACUUCGCUCGUUCUUUCACUACGAACAAAUUGUUUGAGAAAAUUCAGACAUUAAAUGAAUGAAAGUUCCAUUGUUCAGUUUACCUGUAACCAAAUACCUCACGUUUUAACUUUCUAUGUACUUUUUGUGAAUGAUUACAGUCAAUUGCAGACGGUUUUUAGGCCGCUUGUCAACCAACGUAAUGACACUAUUGCCUAUACAAAUUCAUUCUGAAACCGAUAUUUUUUUGUCAGUUAUUUGAGAGAGAGAGAAAAGAGAGGAUUCAUAAGUCGGAUUGAGGUAGUGACCGAUGUAUUUGCUUAAAAAUACUGCCCAGCGGGAAAAACGAGGUAUAUUUAUGAAAAAUGGCAACGAAAUUUGAGCUGUAUUCGGCGACUCACGAAAGCGUUACCGUGGCCCGUGGGCAGAGAUAGGAAAAUACUGACCGGGUAAAGAACCAAUCAGAUUGCAGGAUUCGUUACCGUGCCCUCUAAAAAAAAGAGAAAUUAAAGUAAUUGCUUAGGAAAUCUUUGUGCAAAUGCAAGGAUCCGAUUACUGGCAACUCAUUCAUUCGCGUUAUGAUUAUAAAUUUUUGGAUGGUGCUAGUAGACAGAGAGUCAUUGCACACUCCUGGGACUUAAUUGUGUUACUACCAAAUACCUCAGGGCUGGUAUCGUUGUUUGGGAACUGAAGAUCAAAAAUGUCUUAAACGCGUUUGGUAGCUUCCAGUUGAGGUACAAACAACUACAGGCUUUGAUGGGCGAUUAAAGCAAGAGUUCACAUAACUCUAUAUAAUGCUAUCAUUUCAUUUUAGUUCCUAUUUGUAUCAUCACAGUCCAAUCCAAAUUCUUCUUUAAAUUUUACUUAACGCAUAGUUGUUCUUGUAAAACAUUAGUCCCAUCUAGUUGUUGUCGAACUGAUUGACUUGAAAAAUGUCAACAAAAAAUGUUAUAUCUGUUACUACAACCUUUUUGUAAUGUUUAUUUCAUUUACUAGCCGACCCAUGUUAUAGUUAUCAAAACCUGAGUGAUGCCAAUAGAAAGAGCAGUUACGUUACACCGCCAAAUGAAUCGUUGUGUGACCACAUACUCCCCGAGGGAUGGUAUCGUUUUGUGGGAGCUGCAGGAACAAAAAUGCCCACAACACGUGUGCCAGCAUUCAGAUGUGGUACAGACUGGCCAGGUUGGUUGAGUGGUGCUCAUCCUAGAGUGGAAGAUGGUGAAGUUUUCAGGAAGGUCUGCUUUAGUGAUCGCUUUACUAGUUGCCGAUACACAAAAGAUAUUUUUGUAAAAAACUGUGGAUCCUACUUUAUCUACAAACUUAUAAAGCCACAUAGUUGUCCCUUACGCUACUGUAGUGCAGACUGA